AUGAUUGAAAUUGAAAAAACGGACAGUAAAAGGGAAAGUUCACUCUAUUUAGCUCAUCAUCCGGUUAUUCGUGAAGAUAAGAAAACGACAAAACUGAGAAUUGUUUUCAAUGCUUCUCAAGCAGGCACUAAUGGAGUGGCACUAAACGAUGAACUUCUUGUUGGACCUUCAAUACAACCAGAUUUGCGACAUUUAGUUAUACAAUGGAGGUUGUCUAGAAUUUGUUUGACUGCAGACAUUAUUAAAAUGUAUCGUCAAAUUAAGGUUCAUGAGGAAGAUACCGACUUCCAAAGGUUAUUAUGGAUUGAUGCUGAAAGCCAAGAAGUCAAAGACUAUAAGCUUCUUCGAGUCACAUUUGGCACAGCAUCGGCUCCAUUUUUGGCUGUACGGACUCUCCAGCAAAUAGCAAUAGACGAAGGUCAUAAGUAUUCGUUGGCUGCUGAAAAGGUUCGUUCAAAUUUCUAUAUGGACGAUUUGAUGUGUGGAUGUGAAACAGUAACUGAAGGAAUAGAAAUUUAUAAGCAGAUGAAAGGAUUGCUAAAAGAAGGUGGAUUUGAAUUGCAGAAGUGGGCAAGUAACAAUGAAGAACUGAUGGAAAUUAUAAGAAAGGGCGAGAAAGAUAAUGAUGAACUAAGGCAAGAAACGAAAGAAGAGAAGAAUAUUAAAAUGGAUGAAGUCAUAAAGAUUCUUGGGCUAACAUGGGAAAGAAGUACUGAUAAUUUUAGAUACAAAGUAAAUCUUUUAGAACAACAGUCACCUAUUACUAAAAGGAAAAUUGUCGCUGAUAUAUCACGUUUGUUCGAUCCACUUGGUUGGAUAGCACCGUGUAUCAUAGUUGCAAAAAUUAUGAUACAGAGGCUCUGGGUUGCAGGUAUUGCCUGGGAUGAUGAAGCACCUGAAGAACUACUUAAAGAGUGGUGUCAGUUUCGAGAAGAACUUUGUAAACUGCAUGAUUUUCGGAUACCGAGAUGGCUAAGAACUAGUUUAGGUGAUGUCCAAACAGAAUUACAUGGGUUUUGUGAUGCCUCUAAAAUGGCAUACGCAGCAGUUGUCUAUAUAAGAAGGGUUGAUUCUGAUGGUAAUGUGCAUGUGGCUUUAGUUGCAGCGAAAUCUAAAGUAGCGCCCAUAAAACAAGUUUCGAUUCCGAGGUUAGAGCUUUGUGGUGCUGUUGAAUUGACACGGUUGAUGUUAGAUGUGGCCAAAGUCAUGAAGAUAGAAGUUAGUAAGCUGCAUGCAUGGACCGACUCUACUAUCGUGUUGGCGUGGUUGAACAGCUUGCCUAAUCGAUGGAAGGUAUUUGUAGCCAAUAGGGUUUCAGAAAUAUUAACUUCCCUGAACCCGAGUCAAUGGUCACAUGUCAGCACUGAUAACAACCCUGCGGAUUGCGCAUCACGGGGAAUAACCCCUUCAGAAUUAAUCGGUAAGGAUCUGUGGUUGAAUGGUCCAAGCUUUCUAUUAGAUAAAAACAUUAAAUAUGAAAAACCAGUAGGAAUAAAGACAAAUUUAGAAGCUAUCAAUGUUCAUUUUAUAAAGGAAGAGGAAGAAAUUUGGGACAGAUUCUCGUCUUUAAAAAGAAUGAUUAGAGUGGUAGCGUACUGUAGGCGGUUCUUACAAAUGAAAAAACCUAAAAUAGAAAGAUACAGAGGUUAUUUGAAAACUGAAGAGUUAAAAAAUGCACUAGAAGUAUGUAUUCGUAAGGAUCAAAGGAAAUAUUUCGGCGAAGAGAUAAAAAGCAUAAAAAGAGGCGAAAAUAUUAGAAAGAACAGUAUGUUAAAAUUUUUAAAUCCUAUGUUAGAUGAAAUGAAAAUAUUGAGAGUUGGAGGAAGAUUAGAUAGUUCGGAUUUGGAACAGUAUAGGAAACAUCCUAUAGUGAUGGCUAAUAAAUCAAAAUUGAGUCAAUCGAUUAUUGCUGAUGCACAUACACAAACUUUACAUGGAGGUCCGCAACUGACCAUAAACUACAUUCUAAACAAAUAUUUUAUAUUAGGAGUCAAAAGUGGAGUUGAUUUCGCAGGUCCUAUACAAAUGCGCACAGCAAGAGGUCGUGGACAUAAGUCGUACAAAGGGUACAUUUGUUUGUUUGUUUGCAUGUGUACAAAGGCUGUGCACCUUGAGGCAGUAAGUGAUCUUACAGCACAAGGAUUUCUUCAGGCAUUUAAGCGAUUCGUGGCCAGAAGAGGGCGCUGUGAAGACGUUUGGAGCGACAACGGGACAAAUUUUGUUGGGGCUUCAGCGGAGAUCAAGAAAUUAUUUUUUCAUGAAAAGGCAGGUAUGCUGCCCGAGAUCGCAGAGAUGUUGGCAAAUAAUAAUACAACUUGGCAUUUUAUACCGCCACAUGCUCCCAAUUUUGGUGGUUUAUGGGAAGCUGCAAUCAAAUCAGCUAAAAUGCAUCUGAAACGCGUUAUCAGCACCUCUACUUUAACUUAUGAGGAAAUGUCAACGGUUUUGGCACAGAUAGAAGCAUGCCUUAACUCAAGACCCCUAUCGAGAUUAGAUACAGACCAGGGAAAUGUGGAUAUCUUAACACCGGGACAUUUUUUAGUAGGUGAACCUCUAAUUAAUGCUCCAGAUCAUAAUUAUGAGACAUCCAAUAUAAGCUCUCUUAGGCGAUGGCAGUAUACUCAACAAAAUCCAUUCCGUCCAUACAGGUUCACCACCACUGCAGCCAGCUCCGAACAUCAGAUACGAAAAACAAAAUGCGGCGCGGACACGGCGCGUAGCACGCCUUGCACGCCCGAACCUGCGGCAUAG